UGGAGUGUUUUGCAUGACGGGCCUUGUAGUCUUAGUUUGCUGGGUAGGCAGGGCUGGACCGGUCGGCCGGGAGGAGUCGGCGGGCUCAGGAUGUGAGCUCACAGUCCGAGAUCGCGGGCGGGCAGGUGGCCACGGGCCUGGGGCGGCACUGAGUCCGCUUGCCACUCAGCUGAAAGCAGAGGAGCCCCCGGGAAGUGUUGAGAGUAUGAGGCUCUGGCCUCCGCGCUGGCCUCACUUGUGACCACUUCCACCACAGUGGAGCCUUCCAAGCCCACCUCCUGUCGUGUGGUGAUCUACCUGCAGCGGGAGAUGUCUGGGGACACGUGUUUGUGCCCUGCCUCAGGGGCUAAGCCCAAGCUAAGCAGCUUCAAGGGAGGAGGACUGGGCAACAAGUAUGUGCAGCUCAAUGUGGGUGGCUCCCUGUACUACACCACGGUGCGGGCACUCACGCGGCACGACACCAUGCUGAAGGCCAUGUUCAGCGGGCGCAUGGAGGUGCUGACUGACAAAGAAGGCUGGAUCCUCAUAGACCGAUGUGGAAAGCACUUCGGCACCAUUCUGAAUUACCUCCGAGAUGACACCAUUACCCUCCCUCAAAACCGGCAAGAAAUCAAGGAACUGAUGGCUGAAGCAAAAUAUUACCUCAUUCAGGGGCUGGUGAACAUGUGCCAGGCUGCCUUGCAGGACAAGAAAGACUCCUACCAGCCUGUGUGCAACAUCCCCAUCAUCACGUCCCUGAGGGAGGAGGACAGGCUCAUUGAAUCCUCUACCAAGCCCGUGGUGAAGCUGCUGUACAACAGAAGCAACAACAAGUAUUCCUAUACCAGCAACUCUGAUGACCACUUGCUGAAAAACAUCGAGCUAUUUGAUAAGCUUUCCCUGCGCUUCAACGGCCGCGUGCUCUUCAUCAAGGAUGUCAUUGGUGAUGAAAUCUGCUGCUGGUCCUUCUAUGGCCAGGGCCGUAAGCUGGCAGAGGUGUGCUGCACCUCCAUCGUGUACGCCACGGAGAAGAAGCAGACCAAGGUGGAAUUCCCAGAGGCCCGAAUCUACGAGGAGACACUCAACGUCUUACUCUAUGAGACCCCUCGAGUUCCUGACAAUUCUUUGUUAGAAGCCACAAGCCGGAGCCGGAGCCAGGCUUCCCCCAGUGAAGAUGAGGAGACCUUUGAACUGCGGGACCGAGUGCGCCGCAUCCACGUCAAGCGCUAUAGCACUUACGACGACCGGCAACUUGGCCACCAGUCUGCCCACCGUGACUGAUAUUACCAUAAGGGAGUCUGGGCACAGGAGGCCCUGUCUCCCAUCCUGUGGAGCCUCACCCCAUCUGCCACCCCCCACUGCUGCUGUCUGGGUGUCUUCCUCCAGCACUCAAAGGCAUGACAGACCUUGCCUGGGAGGUCAAAGGGCCCAGGCAGCACAGAGGGGCCAUGUUCCCUUGUCCUGGCCCCAAGCACUUCCACAUGUAUCUCCCUUUCUGCACAAGGAGCUGCUUCUGUUCUGGAGUGAAUGGACUGACCUCCCACCUCCUGCCAGGAACAUUCCCUUAGCUCCAUUGCAGAGUGCCCCCUUUCUCAGUUGAGGCCCACAGGAAGCUUUCUUCUGGGGGAAGGUGGCUUUUGGUGCUGUGGAAGCCCAAACUUUAGCAGAAGGGGGCUUCUUUUUUCCUAAGGUGUCUAAGCACAGGUUUGAUGACUUUUUUAAUAACCUAGGAAAUUAAUAGUUUUAAACCUAAUAAAGGGCCUGGACGUUUCUGCCACCCCUGUAGAGUGCAAGGGCCCUGUGUAAGCCAGACCUUCAGGCCUUCUUGAUGCCUUUGGGAUCUGUCUUUAAAGCACUUUGUACUGAUAUUCAGGAAGUUUGUCACUUGCCCUGACCAAUGUAUUUUUAUGACCCUAAUCCCCUCUUGUAGAAUCAGCCUGAAAGAGGAGAGCUAAAGAGGAACCAGUAAAACAAUCCUCAAAAGCAGCCAGUGUGGCUUUGCUGGCCUGGCCAGCCAGCCCUAAGAGCACCAAGGAAGGAAGGAUGCUACAGCUGGAAUCUGUGGUGUUAACAUAGCAUCCUGUGAGAAAAGACUCCUCACCCCCCACAGCUUAGAGGGACUGACAGGAUUGUUCUUCAUUCUGGUCCUAGAAGGCAUAUGGAUCAUAAAGGCAGAGGCUGGCACAUGGGCCUGAAAGUAAGCACCAGGAGGGCCACAAAACUUAAGGACACUGCACAGUGCUGGCCUGUGUUCCCAGCUGCCCCUGUGCAGAGGUGGCCAAAGCUGGGCCAUUGUAUCACCUGCCCUCACAGACAUACGUUAUUGGUUUGUAUCCUGGCUAGGGAAGGUGGCUGUGCCCAGUGGUGAGUCUCUGGGCAAAGUAACCAUAACAACCUAAGCCCCUUGAAGACCUUUCUUCCCAAUUGCUAGGUCUUUUAGCCAUUAGGAUUCCCUGUGUACCAGCCAGGGCGAGUUCCCCUUCAGGACUUUGGUUUUUAUCCCCUUGUCAGGUUUGGUCCUUGCCAGGAAGCUUAUCUGAAUUCUUUCCAGAAGAAUGCUGUCUGGGAGGGAGCCGUUCUACCAGCCUAACAAAGCACUGUGGCCAUGACCAGUCCCACUUUCAUGAAAGAACAGUUGCCAGGCUCAUCCCUCAAGCACUACUAAGACUGCUAAGUGGUUGCUCAUGGCACAGCCCAAAGCCUCUGGGCAAAUACCAGGCCCAGGUGGCCACUCAAGGACCUGAAAUGACAAGAUAGGGCAAGGCAAAUGUGACUUACUAAUCGGGCAUUUUUUGUUAGUCACAAUCUUGAAUGUAUAAAUAGCACUCAGGCCAGGUGUCGGCAACCAGCUACUAGUCUUCCAGCCCUCACUGGAGGUAAGGUGACAAUCCAUUUCUUUUAGAUUCAGGCUUAGACUUUGUGGCUUUCCUAGAGACUGGAAUGCCUCAGCCUGAGGCCACUGCACUAUUUUCUCAGCUGCCCUCUUGAAGCCCUUUAAUUCCCAGCUCCCUGAGGUAUUUUCAUGCUUGUCCUUCAACCUCUAUGUUCCCUACCUGCUAAUUAGUGCUCUGACUUUCAGAUCCUCUGCCAUCUCAGUGAUACCUAGUUUUGAUCCUGAAAGCACAAUAGUCUGGGCCUGGGCAUUUUUCUUUUUUGACUAUUAGCUCCUUAAUCUUAAGGAAAACACUAAUACUAAAUCCACUGACAUGAUCUUAGCUUCUUUUAAUCAUUCUUUGUGGCUUAAGGGUUUGUAGAAUGUGUUAACGUCAUUCAGAAAACACCUUUUGGCAGUAUGAAUUUUCACACUUCAGCCAAGCAAGGGAAAAAUGAAAGAGCAGGGUCAAAUUUUCUUAUUGGUGUUGAGAAAACUGAAAGCUUGCUGUUAAGACAAAGCAGUAAUUGUUGACGAAUUUCAUAUGUGACCAUGGUCUGCCUGAAGAAUGGCAUAAAUCCUGACAGUUUUUCUUUUAUCACUAACUAUAAUCCUUUGUUAACCUAAGUGAUAGAAGCACACACUAAUUUCUAAUAAAACUGUUAUGCUGCAGUGGUACA